CAGCGCAGGCUUUUAAUUUUGGGAUCUACUCGACUAGCAGCAACCCCACCCUCUCAUCCAACACCUCCCACCACCUCUCGAGGAAGAAAGAAAAGAAAAGAAAAGAAGAAAAAUGCCAGGAUCCAUCCACGAACGCAUCCGCGAGGACCUCAUCGCCUGCGAGCGACGUCUCUGGACGGCACUCACAUCCGCCGAUCCGGCGCCGGAGAUCGAAAAGAUGUGCAACGACCAAGCGACCUUCAUGUUCCCCAACACAUCCAUCCUCGUGCACAGCGAGGGGAGUUCAGCGCUGGCCAAGACGCUCGCACCGCCGUUCCACCAUUUCGACCGCUACGAGCUUACCGAGGUGCGCGUGCACGUCAUCGACUUGAUGGCUGGGACUAUCACAUACCGCAUUAACGCGGUCCAGAGUAAUCGGGAGUUUCGGGCGACGGGGUCGUCGACGUGGAGUCAGGGGUCGGAUGGGGAGUGGCGGAUUGUGAAUCAUCAGGAGACUUUGGUUUGAUUUUGGGAUUGUUUUGGGGUUGGGAUUGGUUUUUCUUUGCUUUCAGCUGGCUAUGUGGUACGAGUUAUGGCUUUUUAAUUAUACUUUUUUGGGGCGAAUUGCGCAUACAGAGUGUA